AUGAAGUUCAUAACUCUAACCCGUCUAUCAACCCUCAUCGCACUCACCACCGCAAUCCAACUCCCAAACCAUGAACCACACUGUUCUAACCAUACCCAUUCAUCUCAUAGUAAUCAUACUAGAGUUUCGACUUAUACACCCAUUCCAACUACCAUGCUCACAUUACCCGGUGGUGUAUUUGUACAGACGACGAUGCCAAGCGCUACUCAGACUGCAGAUUGA